AACACGAAAAUGUUUUGUUUUUGAUGCCCUUGCAGAGGGUAUUAUAAUUUCAGUAAGGGGGAUAUGUACCUCAGACCCCAUCUAGUAUAUAUGUACAUAUAAAUAUGUAUUCUUGAUCUCAGUAUCACCAUCUGAAUCGAAUUAGAAAUUUACAGUCUUCUGACGACUCUUUAAGGAAUCUAAGAUAUAGCUGCCAUGGAAAUAAGAAAAUUUUGGGGAAUUCCACCAAACUAGUGAAAUACCAUAUAAUUCACUAUCGCUGGCGUUGUAAGGGUCGGUUCAGUUCUAUAGAUAUUUAGGUAUCAUAAAUUUAUAGAGGCAUGCCACUUUGAAAUUGGAAUAAAAUUAGUCGAGUUAUGGCUAUUUAAACAAUAAUUGUGGUUACACUUUCUGCGGGCACCAUUUAAUUCCAAAUAAUACGCCCUGAACCACACGCUCCACCGCAGCCCCAUCCAAUGCAAAAGCUCCAAGAAAGCUCCGCACGCUAAUCUCAAACAGCUGACUUUAGCAAAACAUUUCGCAUUUGUAUCUGAGGCCGCAAAAACAGUCAGAUAGGAGAUACGAACGGCAAGCGAAUAGACGAGGGCGCGAGAUGCAGACGCCGUGCCUAACCACAGUACAAACUAGAAUUCCAAUAGGUUAAAAUAGCGCUGUUUUCCCCGUUACUCCAACUCAGUUUAUCUACUAACAUUAAUGUGAUGGUGCCCCAGGCUGUGAAGUUGUUUCAGGGUUCGCUGGGCCAGUGGCGACGCGUAAUCAGCGCGCCCAAACUGCAUCCUAUGGCCAAGGGUGCGCUUACGUACGCGGUCAUGUGGCCAGCGGGUAGCCUGAUUCAGCAGGCGCUAGAGGGACGCAAGCUAAGAGAUUACGACUGGGCCAGGGCGCUCCGCUUCAGCUUAUUUGGAGCCCUGUACGUGGCGCCCACUCUGUACGGCUGGGUGCGACUAACCAGCGCCAUGUGGCCACACACAAAUCUGCGCACUGGCGUCAUAAAGGCCAUCACAGAGCAGCUCUCCUAUGGACCCUUCGCCUGCGUCAGCUUCUUUAUGGGCAUGAGCCUGCUGGAGCUGAAGACCUUUAGCCAGGCUGUGGACGAGACAAAGGAGAAGGCGGCGCCCACGUACAAGGUCGGGGUGUGCAUCUGGCCCUUCCUGCAAACCAUAAACUUCUCAUUGGUUCCGGAGCACAAUCGCGUGGUGUUCGUAAGCAUUUGCAGCCUGAUGUGGACCAUAUUCCUAGCUUACAUGAAGACACGCCAUGAGGAGCCGUCGGAUGCCGCGAGUUUUGUUUGUACAUAGUUCCCCACAUGCCGUAUUCGCUACCUGUUGUGUGUCCAUUAGGUCAAUUGUUGAAUUAGAUAGAGUUAUUAUCUGUAUAGAGUCA